UAAAGUGCGGCUGAGUGGACGGUCAUCCUGUGCGAGCUUUUUUAUUUUUUUUGCAGGCUCCUCCGUCCUUCCUCGCUAAAACUGCACUACGAUGUCCAUAGCCAAGUUCCAGGCGGAGUGGGAAGCCCUCGACGAGGAAUAUCAACAACUGCAAGAAACCCACAAACUCUACAGGCAGAAACUUGAAGAGUUGACCAAUCUUCAGACGACGUGCAGCAAUGCCAUCAGCAAACAGAGAAAAUGUCUCAAAGACCUUCAGCGCAGUUUGAGCAGGUGCGCGCAAGCCCGCGACGAAAACCAGAUGCAAGUCAAAACGGACAUCCAAACGCAAAUCAAGGAGAAGGAGAAUGUGUUCUUCGACAUGGAGGCCUAUUUACCAAAGAAAAAUGGGCUGUAUCUGAACCUGGUGCUGGGCAACGUCAACGUGACUCUUCUUAGCAACCAGGCCAAGUUCGCUUACAAGGACGAGUAUGAGAAGUUCAAGCUGUACAUGACCAUCAUCCUCAUGUUUGGCGCCAUCACCUGCCUCUUCUUCCUCAACUAUCGCGUGACGGAUGAAAUCUUCAACUUCUUGCUGGUGUGGUAUUAUUGUACAUUAACUAUAAGGGAAAGCAUCCUCAUGACCAACGGCUCCAGGAUUAAAGGGUGGUGGGUCUCUCAUCAUUACGUGUCCACCUUCCUGUCCGGUGUGAUGCUCACCUGGCCAGAGGGACCCAUGUAUCAAAUGUUCAGAAGUCAGUUCCUUGCCUUUUCCAUCUAUCAAAGUUUUGUCCAGUUCCUCCAGUACUACUAUCAAAGUGGCUGCCUAUACAGGCUUCGGGCUCUGGGAGAGAGAAAUCAGUUGGACCUCACAGUGGAGGGAUUUCAGUCCUGGAUGUGGAGAGGCCUCACGUUUCUUUUGCCCUUCCUCUUUUUUGGUCAUUUUUGGCAGCUGUAUAAUUCAGUCACCCUGUUUCGCUUGGGGAGACAUGAGGACUGCAAGGAGUGGCAGGUAUUUAUGCUGGCACUGACCUUUCUGGUCCUGUUCCUGGGCAACUUCCUCACCACGUUAAAGGUGGUCCGCCAAAAAGUGAAGAAGAACCGGGAAAAUGUGACAAAAAGUGACUGAAGGGCCUUUUUUUUCCGGAAGGACACGGACUGAGCUCGCACAUCCAUCCGACGCUGAAGGAAAAGUGCAAUUGUCUUCUCUCAGGUGUUUGGUAGCGGCGUCCGGCCGACCGCGCGGUGGUUUUUGUCCAUGCUGCUACGGUCGUCCCUCACUGAUGUCCACUUUGCUGCUGAAUCCUGGGUCAAAACAAGGGAAAGAGGUCAAAGUGUUUGUUAGGAUCACAUGCAACCCCAAACAUCAGCAGAUCUCGGACCCCCGAAAAGUCCCGUCAUGCAGCUUCAUACUUCUGUGAAGUAGUUCCCGCCUGUCAUGCGUCUAUUUCACCAGAUCGGUCUUUUAGAAGUACUCCUCCGUGGAAAUCCCGAGCAAGGUAGCGUUCAAAAGAGCAUGCAGCAGGGACCGUCCUCAAAUGUUCACCUGAAGAAACCGGCACAUGUAGUUGAAGGGAGGAGCGUCAUGUCUUGAUGAAACACUUGAAUUUGUUCAAAGGAAAAAUCGUAUCAUGUUGCACUAAUGUUUUGGGAUCAAAUUGCUGGUAUUGGUACUGUACUUCAUUCAACACAGUCAUGUAGAACCACAAAGGGGUGGAUGUGGGACGAUACCAAGCCAUAGAUUAAAUAUUUCUAUUAACUUAA